AUGCUGUCCGAAAACUUGACUGAAAAGCGAACCGAUCCUCUCACCGGGGAAAAGGAAGAGAACCCCAUCACCGGCGACACGGGUCCUGGAACAGGGCUUCAGGAUCUCCUGCCUCUGCCCGCCGAAGAUGCUCAAGAUAUCCUGCAAUCCAAAAAGGCCUUUGACAAGUCAGCAGGCGGUCUUGAAGAUGGCCACACACUUUCUCAUGCGCUGGCCACCGAGGACCACAAGCUAAAGGGCGCCGCCCAGCUCAAGACCGAAAAGGAAGUUAGCAACCUGGGCUGGAACGAGCCCAAGCGGGAGAUCGCGGCCCCUCUGGUUGGCGGCAUUGACAAUGAAGAGCUAUGGAUGCUCGUCCGCCGCUUCAACAAGGCAAGUAAAACACAUCUCUCAUUCUUCACUCCCGUGCCCGGUGGCCUGGACCUCAACACGGCGGAGGAGGAGGAAUUCUCCCCCGACAAGAUGCGCGCUAACAUCGAGCGUCUCUACACCACUGUCGUUGUCGGCAUCCUCGCUGCCGUCAAGCACAUUGCCCGCCUUCGGUCCUGGCGCGAGAAGGAGCGAACGGCUUGGUUUGCUGGAGUCUACUUUGUCGCCUGGUUGUUUGACUUUAUCAUGCCCCUUAUCACCGGCGUGAUCAUUGCGCUAAUUGUCCAUCCCCCUACGCGCGAGCUGCUCUUCCCGCCAGCACCCAUUGCCCUUGUUGACUCCAAGACGGGUGGCGUGCAAAAGCCGUGGGCAGGCACUGUCGGUAGCAAGGACAGUGCUACGGGUGCCCCUGAGAAUCACAAGGGUGAGGCGGUUGAGCAGGAAGCGGAUAAUUUGGUCCAUGGCCUUGCUGAGCUGGCUGUGAGCAGUGCGGCUGGCAAACAUCCUGCCGGAGAUGUCCAGGAUAAGACCAAGAAACCCAUGGAACUGGCCAUGUGGGCCAAACUUCGACCUGUUAUGCAAGUAGUUGGUAACAUCAGUGACAACUGGGAGCGAUUGGCCAACGCCCUGUCCCCUACCCCUCCCUUCCCAAAGGACACCCACCGUCUACGUCUAGCAAUUCUCGUAAUCCCCCUCUUUGGCGCCUCCCUCUUCGUGACCUCAUAUAUGUUUGUGAAAUCCCUCACCUUCUUCCUCGGCUUUGGCAUGUUCGGCGACCCCGUCAUCCGCCCCGGCAUGGAAUACCUCAAUCGCGUCAUCCCCGACUGGCAAAAGCUCCUCGAGCUGCGCAACACCCUGCUGAAGGGCGUCCCCACCAACGCCCAGCUGACCCUUACCCUCCUACGCAUCGGCGAAGCCAACAAGGCUCCUCUUCCCCCUGUCCCGCGCGUAAUCGAACAACCCGUCCAAGACCCAGCCAACGGCCCGGCACCCCUCGACUCGGAAGCCCAAAUGCGCGCUGAGGCAGCCGCCCAACCGCUUGAAGCAUCUCCUUCAGAGCUAGACGAAGCAGCGCACACGGAUCCCAAAGACGACCUGCGAGACGCAGGCUUCGACGUCGACUCCCACCCCAAGAACAAGCAGACUAAGAAAUCCCACAAGGUGUUGGGCUGGAUCAAGAACGUCACUGCCGGCGUAGUCCACACCGGCGGCGCCACCGAUCAUGUGCGAGCAAAGCUGGGCGUGCACCAUGCCAAGGACCGCCUGGGUGUCGUUCCGCCCAAGGACGAGAUCCCCGUUUCGGGUCCAGUCAGAUUCGAUUGUCGCCAUGAAGGCAAGAAGGGACAUUGUUACAUUUCUACCGCCGCGACCAUCCCCAGCGUGGCAUUUGUUGCGAAGAAGGAUGAGAGUAGUACGACGGUGAUUGCGGGUAAAGAGCGGGAAGACCUGAAACCGAUGUGGACAGUGGCCGUGGCGGAUAUUAUGGAACUGAAGAAAGUGGGCGGGUAUGGAUGGAAGGCCAAGAUUGUGGUGGACUGGAGUAUGGAGAGGGAGGUCAAGGAUGGACUGAAGAUUGUGACGAUGGAGGGAAAGAGGUUCAGAGUGACGGCGUGCCCGUUGAGGGAUGAGUUGUUUAAUCGGUUGGUGGCGAUGGGCGGGCAGAGGUGGGAGGCUUGGUAG